CCUGCAAUUCCCGCUAGGUAUAUAAACCCCAGCCAACUCUCGGCGAUUUCAGUUCGGGGAACGCUAAAUCGGAAACGUUUUUCUCGGCGUUGAAAGAGCCCUACAACAAAUUCUGAAAAGCACAAAAAGGUCCUAGAACAUCUCAAAUCAUUUUGACACAAGAACACAUUGGUGAUACAAAAGAUUAUAUUUGUCUUUCUUUUUGGUGGGUUAACCAUAUUAUUUUUGUAUUAUGCUAAUUCAUGAGCCACAUUUAGGGGUUUUCUUGUAUGGGUUUUUAUUGCUUGAGUUUAAGUGCGCAAGUUGAGUGUGUUUGAUCUUCAAAAGAACAAAACAGGCCUGGCUUUAGAGAGCUACAUAGAUUCCAGCCACCAGGCAGCGGUGCCCCCCAUGGCACCUUCACGGGUGGCUGGAAGUUUAGCUCAAUCUUCCUCAAGUUCUGGUAUCUUUUUCCAAGGAGACGGGCAGUCUCAGGCUGUAGUUAACUCUCACAUGAGUUCAUCAUUUGGGAACUCGUCAAAUUCUAUUCCUGGAACGGGGCGUUCUAAUCUUGGUCCGGUUUCUGGGGACGUGAAUAACACAGUUUUGAACAGUGUAGCAAAUUCUGGGCCGAGUGUUGGGGCGAGUUCGUUGGUUACAGAUGCCAACUCGGCACUUUCAGGAGGUCCUCACUUGCAGAGAAGUGCAAGCAUCAAUACGGAGUCUUACAUGCGCUUGCCUGCAUCACCCAUGUCGUUCUCAUCGAAUAAUAUUAGUAUUUCUGGUUCCUCAGUCAUGGAUGGGUCCUCUGUAGUGCAGCAGAGCUCUCAUCAAGAUCCAAGCUCUCAGCAAGUGAAUCAAAGUCAGCAGCAUCAAGGAGCUUCAAGUGCUACAUCCUUGCCCACAUCACAAGCAGGCCAAGUUUCACUUUCCAUGAAUCCACGGGUUCCUGCCUCAUUCAUUCAGGAACCCAAUAAUCCAUCCCAGGUGCAUAAGAAAGCCCGACUGGAUAUCAAACAGGAAGACAUUUUGCCCCAGCAGAUUGUGCAACAAAUACUUCAAAGACAGGACCCAAUGCAGUUGCAAGGCCACAAUCCCCAGUUUCACAGCAUGAUUCAACAGCAAAGACUACGACAACAACAGCAGAUGUUGCAGUCCAUGCCUCAGCAGAUGCAGCGAGCCCACUUGCAGCAGCAACAUCAGCAGCAACAGCAGCAGCAACUGCAGUUGAGACACCACCUGCAACAACAGGGCAUGCAACCAAUAUCUGCCAUGAAGCGCCCCUAUGAUAGUGGUGUAUGUGCUCGUCGUCUAAUGCAAUACCUAUAUCACCAGCGGCAACCUGACAAGACUAUUGCCUAUUGGAGGAAAUUUGUGGCAGAGUAUUAUUCACCCCGUGCAAAGAAAAGAUGGUGCUUGUCCUUAUAUGACAAUGUUGGAAAUCAUGCACUGGGUGUUUUCCCCCAGGCAGCUAUGGAUGCAUGGCAUUGUGAAAUUUGCAAUUCUAAAUCCGGAAGGGGGUUUGAGGCAACUUUUGAAGUACUCCCUCGACUUAAUGAAAUAAAAUUUGGCAGUGGUGUCAUUGAUGAGCUUUUGUUUCUGGACUUGCCACGUGAAUGUAGAUUUCCUUCAGGAAUAAUGAUGUUAGAAUAUGGGAAAGCAGUUCAGGAGAGUGUAUAUGAGCAACUCCGAGUUGUUCGUGAGGGUCAGCUUCGUAUCAUAUUUACCCCUGAUUUAAAGAUAUUAUCCUGGGAAUUUUGUGCCCAACACCAUGAAGAACUUCUUCCUCGUAGGUUGGUAGCCCCACAGGUGAAUCAGUUGGUGCAGGUUGCACAGAAAUGCCAAAGCACAAUUGCUGAAAGUGGAUCUGAUGGGAUUUCUCAGCAGGACUUACAAACAAAUAGCAACAUGGUUUUGACAGCUGGGCGUCAGCUUGCAAGAAGUUUAGAGUCUCAGUCGCUGAAUGAUCUGGGAUUUUCCAAAAGAUAUGUGAGGUGCUUGCAGAUAUCUGAGGUUGUCAAUAGUAUGAAAGACUUGAUUGACUUCUGCAGGGAGAACAAAGUUGGGCCAAUUGAUGGGUUGAAAAGUUAUCCUCGACAUGCUAGUGCAGUGAAGCUUGAGAUGCAAAAGAUGCAGGAGAUGGAACAGCUUGCAAAUGUUCAGGGUCUGCCGACGGAUCGCAAUACCCUUAAUAAGCUAAUAGCAUUGCAUCCUGGUCUAAACAGCCAUAUGAGCAAUAAUCCUCACAUAGUUAAUCGUGGAGCUUUAAGUGGCUCGGCACAAGCUGCUUUAGCACUGACCAACUACCAGAAUCUGCUGAUGAGACAAAACUCCAUGAAUUCAAACCCUAGCUCGCUUCAGCAAGAGGGGCCAUCUUCAUUUAAUAGCUCUAACCAGAGUCCAUCUUCAACAUUUCAGGGCCCUGCUACUUUGAUUCCAGGAUCCAUGCACAACUUACCUGGUAGUGGUUUUUCCAGUCCCCAUCUACCUCCUCAACAGCAGCAGCAGCAGCAGCAACAACAACAACAGCGCUCAUUGAACCCUAGUAGCUUGCUCCAACAGAAUCCUGCUCUAUCCUCUCAAAGCAGCCAGGCUCUACAACAGCAGAUGAUGCAGCAAAUGUUGCAGGAGAUGACUAAUAAUUGCGGGCCAGGGAUGCAGCAGCAGUCCCUUUCUGGCCAGAACGUAAAUGGGAGCAUGACGAGGAGUGGGAUGGGGUUUGGGAACAACAGUGCAGCAGCCACUGUAGCCAGCCCCAACUUAUCAGGAAGCAUUGGGGGGCCACCACUGAGCAAGAGUAACAGUUUCAAAGGGCCAUUGAAUAGUGACUCUUCGGCUGGGGGUGCUAAUAGUGGAUUCAACCAAAAAGCAUCAGAUUUGGCACAUAAUUUGCAUCUGUCGGAUGAAAUGGUUCAGGAUAUAGCCCGUGAAUUUCCAGAUAAUGGGUUCUUUAACAGUGACCUUGAGGAUAAUAUGAGCUAUGGCUGGAAAGCAUGACUAACCUAGUUUGAAGUUUGAACUGGCAAAUCCACCAGCAUAUAUCUUUCUUUGUACAGGACAUUUGAAAUAGUUCCAUUUUUCUUUUCUUUGAAAGUAUGGAGUUUGCUGUGACUUCACUUAUGUGUACUUUUUUUACUAGGAUAUUUAGCAACUCUUUUUGAGGGUUUUCUGUUUUCAAGUCUUGCAAAUGUAAUCUAUCUAUUGGACAAAAGUCUUUUAAGAGUUUCCUAUUAAACCUGAUUAUCAUGUGUUCCAUUCCCA